CGUCACGGUGUCUGCAUCUUUUCUGUGUUGGCUUUGUGAGAAGCGACGCGGAGAUGUUUGUGAGGACGCGACAGCCUCGGUAACCUUACAUCUACAUCCUCCUGCGAUCAUACAGCUAUACGGGAUGUAAAAAGGAACACAUGAACAAGUGCUUUUGAGAAGCAAAAGAAGCAGGGAGCCAUGGAGAGUCCCAACCAGUCACACAGCGGACCAAACCCUGUGACCACAGCAACCACAGAGCAACCACUGGACACAGAGACUGAAGCUCAGUCAGCACAGAGCGAACCAGGUUCACAGGAAGAAGAUAAUAAAUCAGAUGCUCCUGCUGGUACUGAAACAGUAGUAACGCCAGAAGAAAAUGGGACAAGGGUGCAAACAGCAGAAACACCUGAAAGUAUGCCAGUCACACAAGCAGUGGAGAAUGAACCUGCUGUUCAGCCGCUGACAGAGCCCUCAGUUAACACUGCAGGGAAGGAGACGAACUCUGCUUCAAAGCCAAGCGCCCCCUCAGAACCGGCACCUGAUACAAAUGCAAAUCCUGCGUGUGAUGAGAAAAAGGCAAAGAAACCGGAUAAAGGUGUACGUGAUGGUAGGAAAUACGUCCCUUCCAAGAAGGCUAUGGUAGAUCCUCUGAAGAUGGACAUGUCCAAACCACUGGAUAUGCCUCUCACAUCGUCUCAGCUCUCUCUGCAGUGCAUCGAGUGCCACAUAAUCUUCAGUGAUCACAAGAGCAAAGAGCGUCACCUGAAGUUGAGCCACCCAGCAGAAUAUGAACAGUGCAUACUGAGGAACGCCCUUUUCGCCUGUUACGUUUGUGACCGCCACUUCACAAACUCCACAGAGCUCAUGGUCCACCAGAAAGCCCACACAGAGAAGAAACCCUUCAAGUGUCCAAUAUGUGGCCAGGCCUUUAACAAGUCAUCAGAGCUCACCCUUCACAAAAAAAUUCACUUUGGCCUGGACGGUUAUGCCUGCACUGACUGUGGCAAACCUUGUAAAACCAUGACAUUGCUGAAGUAUCACCGCCGCACACACACUGGAGAGAGGCCAUAUGUUUGCAAGGAGUGUGGAAAGAGGUUCACCAUGUCCAAAGCUCUGCAGAAACAUAUGGAGUCACACUUGCCGGAGGGAGCUGAAGGAGAUGGGGGAGCUAAAGCGCAACUGAAGAAAGAUGAUGGUGCUUCUACGAUAAAGUAUCCUUGUUCUGUAUGCAAGGCCACUUUCAAGAGUACCAAGACACGACUACACCACAUGAAAACUAAGCACAAUGUGCUGCCUGCUGCAGCCAGUAAGGCCCUCCCAGCUGUGCACCAAGUAAAACACUGUACACCCAUCAUAACGCCAAUAACUUUUUGCCAACCAGCACUACUACAGGUGGGGCCCACUGGACCUUUGCAAAAGGUUGAUGCCAAUAUUGACACAGAGCAGAUUCGCAGACUUAUUGAAUCUUUGGGAAAUGUACAGAAAGUAAACCAAGUUGUCAUAUUGGGGCAGCUGCCACCUAAUGCCCCACCACUGGAAGUGCAUCAGAUAUCACAACUGGCAGAAACUGUGAAUUUUAAUUUCCAUCAACCGCAGAUAGAUUUUAUGGAACUGAAACAGACCGAAUCUACCAUAGUUGAAUUGAACCAUUCAAACAACCCAUGUUAUUCAAUGGAACAAACAAUUAUACUGGAACCCAUUACGCCAGAUGGGCAGUUGGAAAACCCCUCUUUCUCAGAACUAGGUUCCCACAUAGCAACAGGUGAAAAUAUAGAGCUAACACUCGUUCAGACUGAACAAACAGAGAGACCCACAGGAGAGGUAAUGCAUCAGAUCCUUCAACAGCCCUGAUAAUAGUGCAAUUCAUUCUGAUCCUAUGGAUCAAACAGUGUAUCAGAAUGAAGUAGAGCAAGACCUUGAGCAAACAGUCAUCUUAGAAUUUAUACCAACUGUGGAGCUGGAACAUUCCCAAACUGUGCCUCAAAAUGAAAUCCCGUCCUCUCUGGUAGCAGCCACUGACCUGGAGAAGACUGCAGAUCAGAUUGUAUUAGAUGAGCAGACCAGCCUGUCGGUCCCAGCACUUGUGACAACAGUUGAGCUGGAGCUGACACCUUUACAAACAGAGCAACAGGGCCUUCCUCCUGGCUAUUUUGUUCCAACAGACACACUUACACAAACAAGUGAAUCUGAAACUAAUCUCCAAGGAGUGGUUGAUUCACAGAUGCAAACAGUAAGUCUAGAUCAGGACCAAUCUGUGAUGGAUGGACUUACACCACAAGAGACGCAGGAAAAUGCUGGAGAAGAACAAUCUAAACAAGAACCAUCUGAGAAGUUGCUGAUAGAUAGCAAGGAGGUUCAGGAGCAGGUGGAGAACCAGUCUGAAGUUGAGGAUCCACCUUCUAAAAAAGACGUUUCAUCACACUUAGAGACCAAGCAGGUGCCCCAGAUGUCAGAGUUACCGGUAAAUGUAAUGUCAGCUCAAGAACUUGUCAAAGUGCGGAAAAGAAAGCCAACCAGUGCGUUUAUCUUUCAAGGAUAUAUGCAAGAACUGGUCGGAUCCAUAUGCAAGGAUGACUUACAGAUUGAUGCCACACCUUCCAAACGGCAAAGAAGAAAGAAAUCUCACCUUGUUGUUAAAUUUGGUCCACAAAACAAAGAGAAAAAAAACAAGAAACAGAAGAAGCCUUCACAGCAGCGUCAGCCAAUGCAAGACGAAGGGAUAAGAGGUAAAACACCAACAACAAAUCUCUCAGAGAAAAAGACACAGAAGAAGUCACAGAAGAAGGGAAGAAAGGCAAAAAGGGACAAGAAAGCGGGGCAUUUGAUUUCUUCUGCUGAAAUAAAAUCACCAUCAUCCACCCAGGACCCACAAGUGAAACAAACCAAAGAGGAUAAAAGAAAAAAGAAAAGCAAAAAGCAAAAAGAAGUUACCAAGGAUGAU